UGAGCGUGUGUUAGUUAUGUAUCUUGGGUUAUGAGUGUGUGACAAAGUUGUAGUGUAUUGAGGACACUGGAGCCCCUAGACGGAGUUGGGCCCGCUGGGGCGGCCCUGGUGCUUCUCGGGGCUCCGCACGAAGGCAAAAUGGCAGCGUGGAACCGCCACCACCAUUUCAAUAUGCUCAUGGAUGAGAAUGCCAAAAACAAGUUGGGCGUGGUCGGUGGCGGCAUGCCGGAAGCCGCCGGCGGCGAGAGGCGACACGUUCCUCUGUACGGUCGGCUGGUUGCCGAGGAGCAACUCGCCUCCAUGAGCGCGCCUUCUGACAUUCAGGUGAGCGCCCAAGUGCGCAACCCAAGAGCUUUCAGGCGCUACCGUACCCCCGUCCAGGCCAUGCAAGCUCGAAUACCGCAUCAUUUUCGGGACCCUUCGACAGCGCCGUUAAGAAAACUUAGCGUCGAUCUCAUCAAAACAUACAAACACAUAAACGAGGUCUACUACGCAAAGAAGAAACGGAGAGCGCAACAGUACCUCGGUGACGACGGUUCACACAAGAAGGAAAGGAAGCUUUACAACGACGGCUACGAUGACGAUAAUCACGAUUACAUCAUCAAACAGGGCGAGAAGUUCCUCGACCGAUACGAGAUCUCGUCACCGAUCGGCAAAGGCUCCUUUGGACAGGUUGUGAAAGCGUACGAUCAUGAGGAACAGUGUCAAGUAGCUAUAAAAAUAAUUAAGAAUAAGAAACCUUUCCUAAACCAGGCACAAAUAGAAGUCAAGUUACUAGAAAUGAUGAACAGGGCAGAUGCCGAAAAUAAGUAUUAUAUAGUAAAACUGAAGCGUCACUUCAUGUGGCGGAACCACCUGUGCCUAGUGUUCGAACUCCUCUCGUACAACCUGUACGAUCUUCUGCGGAACACGAACUUCCGCGGUGUAUCGUUGAACCUGACGCGCAAGUUCGCGCAACAGCUGUGCACCGCGUUACUGUUCCUUAGUCAACCCGAACUAAAUAUAAUUCACUGUGAUCUUAAGCCUGAGAAUAUUUUACUAUGCAAUCCGAAGAGGUCAGCCAUAAAAAUUGUCGACUUUGGUAGCUCGUGUCAACUAGGUCAAAGGAUAUACCAAUACAUCCAAUCGAGGUUCUACAGAUCGCCGGAAGUCCUACUAGGGAUACCUUACGACCUGGCGAUCGAUAUGUGGUCGCUGGGUUGCAUACUUGUCGAGAUGCACACCGGCGAACCACUGUUCAGUGGGGCUAACGAGUUAGACCAGAUGAACAAGAUUGUCGAAGUAUUAGGCAUGCCUCCCGACCAUUUGUUGGAUCAGGCUCAUAAAACAAGAAAAUUUUUCGACAAAUUGCCGGCGUCAGAAGGUGGUGGUUACGUCCUCAAGAAAGUCGCGGGCAAAGAUGGCGGCUACCGGAAGUACCGCGCGGCGGGCACGCGGCGCCUGCACGACAUCCUGGGCGUGGAGGGCGGCGGGCCGGCGGCGCGGCGGCGCGGCGAGCCCGGCCACUCCGUCUCCGACUACCUCAAGUUCAAGGAUCUAAUCCUCCGCAUGCUGGAGUACGAUCCCAAGCAACGCGUCACUCCAUACUACGCGCUUCAGCACAAUUUCUUCAAGAGAACAGCCGACGAGUCGACGAACACGCAGCAAGCUCAGUCGCACCACCAACACGUGGGCGGCGCUCGGCUGUGGGGCGGCGCGGAACGUAUGGAGGUGGAGGGGGUUCGACGCGACGAUGACAUGUUGCAACCCGUCUGCCAGUUGCAGCACAGCCCCGUCGCCAUCCACUAGCGCCGCGGCGUGAAGCGACGUGACGUGACGCGGCGUGACGUGACGCGAGUGACAGUGACGCGAGUGACAUAGUGCAGUUGUCGGUGUGUGAUGUGUGUGACGUGCAAGUGACGCGGUGCGCGCAGACAGUGCUCGAUACGUGGCGAUGCGGCGACGCUCUCGGACUGAAUCCGUAUUUAUAAUUCUAUAUUUUUAUUUAAUGCGAUAAGUCUGACUGUAAAGAAACGUUGUAAUGACGAAUUGUUACUUGGUAACAUGUAUUGUAUUAUUUGUUCGUAAACGCUUCACUCGACCGUACUUAGAGGGUACCGCGGGCCUGCCCCCCUCCCCCCACAUCCGGACGCAUCAAGGGCAUGAAAGCUAGGUUUUUUUAUUGUUACGCAAUGCAUAUCAAAGACGCAAUAUGGUAGAAAAUAAAUAUUGUACAUAAAUUUAGGAGACCGAUUAAUAACGGAUACAGACUGCAACUUUAACCGAUUAAUAUAGUUUAGAUACAUCUAUGCUAGUUAAGCUUUCGUUCAGUUAAUUAUCGCAAGCUUUAUAUUUUUAAAGUGUCGGCAACUGAUGACUGAAUAUCAAAGGGCCAAACAGAAUUUCAUUUUAUCAAUACAACCAAAUAAAAAAAAUAGUUUAAAGUGAUAAAAAAAGUAUUUUUUGACUGCACAAAUUGAUUGGAUUCGAUACUCCUGACGUUGAAAUCAUUUGAAACUUUGCCCUCGCAUUUCAGAGUUGUUGUAUAUUGUAAAUGUUUUAAUUCCAAUCUCACAUGCAUGAGAUUUGAGAUUCUGUACAUCAAUACACGUGUACUGUGUUAAUAUAUAUAUAUAGGUUAUUUUUGACCCAUUGGAAUAUUCAGACGAUAUGUAAAACAAAGAAUAGUGUAUAGGUAAUUCUA